AUGGAAGCGGCUAAUCAAAAUAACGGAAACUUUUGCAGCUUUGGCACGCAGUCUCGGGCAGCGGUACCGAAAUCAUUCACAAAACUGGAACAUUCUCCAACUGGCUCUCUCCACCCUCCUCUCUUACAUACACGGCGUUUUGGGACAAAUAAUCUGUACCCCGUCCUCCGUAUUCCGGAAUGA